AUGACUGAGGGAAUGACUAAGGACGGUCUGAAGACCCUCAUGCUGCGCUUCCUAAUAGGCCAGAUGGAGGAGAUACAGAAUCCUACGCUAAUGGAGUUAGUAGGUCUUUCUCACACCAAGCUUUCCGGUCUUUACUGGGUCCUUUGCUCUAUCUUUAUAUUACAUGGACGACAGCCUACGGACGUAUUUCUGCAGCAACUGGUUCCUGGCACAGUGAUUACUAUUGAUCGCCUGCAUCAAUUUGUCAAGGAUUGUCUGGUUGUGCAACCCACAAAGGGAAAUCAGAGUGAAAUAGCAGGAUUCAGCGGCAGCCCGGGUCAUGACAUGCACCUGGUGCAUACAACUUCAGGACUGCAGUGUCUGCUCCUGUUAAACAAAUUUUCAGAAACCGUUUCCCCAGAACUUGGUGUUACCUUGGCCAACACCAUUAUCGAUCUACAGGCAGAAGAUGGAGGCUUUUAUGGAGAUUACACUAAGGAGAGAGAUACACGGUUCUGCUACUGUGCAGUUCUCAGUCUCACAAUCUUACUCAAACGGGUGCCCUCUCUAAUUGGGCUUCAUUUGAAUAACUUGAUAGAUGUAGAUGCCCUUCGCUCCUACCUUCUUCGGUGUUUGAAUUCAGAUGGUGGCUUCGGAACUACCCCCGGGGACGAGUCACACGGUGGACAAACAUUUUGCUGCGUGGCAACUAUGCACCUGCUGGACAGUCUGCACUUGAUACCAAAUAUCCAGAGAAGCCUCUUUCUAUUAUCUAAUAGGCAAUGUGCUAACGGGGGUCUCUGUGGUAGACCUGAUAAGGAGCCGGACACAUGCUAUUCUUGGUGGAUAGGGUCUCCUGCUUACAUCCUCCUCGACUACCUUCUUAACGCAAAUAACAGUCGUGCUGCUGAGUGGGAUGAGAAGUGCGUUGAUAAUAUAAAGGCAAAGAUGAUCUUCAACAUCGACGCGCUGUUACGCUUCAUUACCGUUUGUAUUAACCCAAAGGUGUCCGGUGUUGCAGACAGGCCAGAAAACUACCCUGAUGAGUACCACACGUUCUUCUCUCUCGCGGCCAUGAGCCUCUUUAAUGUUACCCUACCAGGCUUGGGCAAGCUCUGUCCCAUGCAUCCGUCCCUUGCUCUUCCCAUUUCUAUAUGCUGUCGACUCUUCGACGGAGAGCGUAUGUACAGCAUGGAUUCUCGUCGAAGUUCGUCUGUGGGAAGUAGCAUCCGUGUGACACCCCAUCUAAGAUCCAUCAAGGGGUCACUAUGCACGCCAGCCCCUUCAACAGCGACUACAUCGCUGUCUCUUCGCGCUUCUACAAACAGAGCUUCUAAUUACACACAUUCUAGCCUUCAACAUGUCCCCGAACGCCUCUCUUCUAGUCAGGAAAACUCUCCGCGAGAUUUCAAAAAUCUCAAAAAAAAUCUCAUAAAGAGUGCUGAGGAUUCUGAACUCAUGGCGAGCCGGUGCGCCCCUCCUAUCAGCGAAGCAGCAAAUGAUCUUGUGUGUCCAAUUGAUCGUUCAGAGAAUAUCAGCCAAGAGAGCGUCUCUACACAGCAACCCAAUAACCAACUACCUCCGAUAGAUCUUCAGGCACGCAGAGACGCAUCGUCCAUGCUUUUUGAGGCCCGAGGGCCUACAGCACAUGGGUCCUCUGUGUUCGACGCAAAGAUAUAUGAGCUCCGCAAAAUCUCAGCUCUGUUGGCUAUGGAAGGUAAAACUGUGGCAGGCAUUUAUGAGUACUUACUUACAAAUAGUAACGGCCCAAUUCCACCCAGUCUACUUUCUGGAAGCUCGGCCCUCAAUGUGUCCGUCGGAGACGGAGAGCAUCAACCCUCAGCAAUGCUUCUAUCUACAGUAAUAAACAAAGGCCCCGAGGUGGUUUAUCUAACCCAGCGACAGGCACAGCUUAGCGACGAUGCAGAGGUUCGUAUCGACAAAGGAGAUGAUAGAUCCUUUUCGACGGGCAUGCCUGCCCUUAGUGCUAGCGAAUCUCGGGCCAUUAAUGUCCUUUUGAUGAGUGCAUCUAAAGAGAAGCCCCAGCAGUCGGUGUAUGAAGACACUGACGGCUGCACCGAUCUUAACCCCGCUGCCCUCGAUCCCCUGUUAGAUACUGCACCUGGUCUAGCUGACACUCAGGAUGCUAUAGAGGGACUCCCCUGUCCUGCAAGUGGCUUCAGCAGCGAUUUUGGCUUUGCUAGAAUCUCCUCUGUCUUAAACGUUAAGGCACCUAGUGCCGCUGUGAAACUCGAUCGGCAAGAUAAGGUCACAUUUGCAAGUCCUCUUUACAAAACUCAAAAAAAGGAUGAGAUCCAAUCAGGAAAGGCUGUCAAUCGUCAGAAUUUGCUGGACAAUAAUACCUUUGAGAAGCUGUUCACAAGUACCUUUGCGGGGGACCAGCAGCAAUCUGGCCUUACCGACUCUCAAAUUAUCAACACGUUUGUCGACACUGAGCUCUCUCACCAACCAUCUAUCUACGCCUACCAGACCGGGACAAGGAAUUUCUUUGACUCUUUAUCAAUCCAAGAUCACAAUGACCCAAGUGUUUUAUUUAAGGUUUGUAAUAAGCAGGAUCUUCCAUCUGACAUUCUGAUGAAUUUGCUUCCUAGUGGGGUAAUGGGGCGCUCAGGGCUAGAUUCAUUUCGAGAUAGGGAGACAGGUCAUACGCUGUCACACAAACAGAAUCUACGAGCCAACGCCACAGCAUCCGUCCUCUUCACAGAACCGCCGAUGGGAGCGGGUCUUCGGCGCAAUAAGCAACGACAGUCUUCGUUCUUAUACCAGGCCAACCAAGUGUCAUCAGACAUGCUCGCUGCACGGAUGCACCACAAGGCAAGGACAGAGGGAGCCCCUCGAGAUCAUGCCAAAGAUGUACACCAUAGGACAUUCUCUACGGGUGUGCUGUCCAGCGUCACUCAGCAAAUGAUUGCACGAAUUCUUGGAGACACGCCUGAUAAAAUCCAGCAACUUCCGCUCCAGAAGAGCGUCGUUCGCACUGAUGGAGAUUCUAAGGUGAGUCAGAAAUUCAAUGCGGCUGGGGGACUCAACAUUGGCACACUAGUCAGUAACGCUUCUCUUGACAUCUCACGCAUUCACACACUUGUCCAAACUCCAUCCAGAAGGGAGCAUGUUGUACCCGAUGCAGACACGUUCCACGAGACGUCUGUGGGUAUGCUUCACAAGGGUACUGAAGCUGUGGAUCACGAGGCCGACGUGGACAGCGAAGUAAAGGAGCCUGGCCCAAGCAAUAUGAGUGAUAUCGCCCCGAAUCUGGACGGCGAUGCACCCGGGUCGUCCCUCUUCAACUCUAAGAGUCAGAGUAGCGUAGAGAAGGGUGCACACACUCAAGAUACUGGCACAUGUGACGAGAAGGAUGAUAAUAAUGAGUUGGUAAUUAGCGAAGUCAUAUAG